AAAGCUCACCAUGCUCCAGUUGCUGAGUGCCUUCCUGCUUGUGGCCCUUGCCUCAGGCUGUGGCCAGCGUUCCUUCAACCCCUCCGGCCGAGUUGUCAAUGGGGAGGACGCUGUUCCUUACAGCUGGCCUUGGCAGAUCUCCCUUCAGUAUGAGAAGGGCGGGAGCUACCACCACACAUGCGGCGGCACCCUCAUUAACGCUAACUGGGUUAUGACUGCAGGCCACUGCAUCUCGAGUUCCCUUACCUACCAGGUGGUACUGGGCGAGUAUGACCGAUCUGAGGAAGAGGGCCCAGAGCAGGUGAUCCCCAUUAACUCUAAGGACCUCUUUGUGCACCCCAAGUGGAACCCCAACUGUGUGGCCUGAGGCAAUGACAUCGCCCUGAUCAAGCUCUCAAGAAGUGCCAAGCUGGGAGACAAAGUCCAGCCUGCCUGCCUUCCUCCUGCUGGUGAAAUCCUCCCCAACGGAGCACCCUGCUACAUUAGUGGCUGGGGCCGUCUUUACACCAACGGGCCUCUCCCCGACAAGCUGCAGGAGGCCCUGCUGCCUGUGGUGGACUAUGCACACUGCUCCAAGUGGGACUGGUGGGGUUUCUCCGUGAAGAAGACCAUGGUGUGCGCUGGAGGAGAUGUCCAGUCUGGCUGCAAUGGUGACUCUGGAGGACCUCUCAACUGUCCUACUGACAAUGGCACCUGGCAGGUCCAUGGUGUGACCAGCUUCGUUUCCGGCUUGGGCUGCAACACCUUGAAGAAGCCCACGGUGUUCACCCGUGUCUCAGCCUUCAAUGACUGGAUCGAGGAGACAAUAGCAAACAACUAGAGCCAAGACUCGGCUGGCAGUGCUGACCCCAGGUCCUCUCGAGAAUAAAGAUCCUUUUGAAAGUUCCAA